AUGAAGAGCAUUCCCACUUCGAGGCUUAAUGGUUUUUGUAUUAAUGCAGAUGGUCCCGGGUUAACCCCUGAAGAGAUUGUCAAGGUCUGCAAACUUUGUCGUGUUGAGAACCUUUUUCGGUUCGGUAUUGGUCCCGACUUGACUGUUAAUCCUGCUGCUGUUCCGGCUCCUCCUCCCCUCGUCGUCGACGUAGACUCUUCUCAAAUGAGGUUCACGACUGGUGAGUUGGAGUUGGCAUUAGGGAAGGCGGUGCUGAAAAAGUAUCUUUUUGAGGCUGAGAAGGAAAGGGAUGAGCUGAUGGCUGAGAAUGCUCAGUUGCGAGCAAAGAAUGCGCGGCUAGGGGAGGAGGUCCUAGAGUUGAAGAUUGAAAAUCCCUGA